ACAGGGAACACGCGCCCGCGAACGCCACGCCCGUUUGCUCCUCGCUUCCGCCUCACUCAAACGGCUUCUUCCCUCCUAUAAACCCAUCCCAGCACCAACCGCUCCAAUGGCGGAAUUCCCCAAGCCCGCGCCACCGCCCACCUCCUCGGAGCCCUCGCUCGCCGCGCCCCGCCACACGCACUGACCCAACCCGCGCCGCGCCGCGCGCCGUGCCCUAGAUCGGGAGAUCGGGGGGAGAGGGGAGGACCCGCUCGCCCCGGCGGACCGCCGCGGCGCGAUGGUCGAGACGUCGGGCGGGAGGUGGAGGCUGCACCUCCACGGCCAGCGGCGGAGCGCGGCGGCCUUCCUGGCCGCCAACAAGACCCUGCUCGCCGCCGUGUGGGUCGCCGGGUUCGCGCUCGUCUUCCUGUGGCAGAGCGCCUCCGUGUUCGUCGCCGGGGGCGGGGGCGGGCCCCGCCCGGCGCCCGCGCCGUCGCGCCCGGCGCCGCGGCUGCGCCCGAUGGCGUACAACCUGACCGACUUCGGGGGCGUCGGGGACGGGCGGGCGGUGAACACCCGGGCCUUCGAGCGCGCCGUGGAGACCGUCUCGGCCUUCGCGGACCAAGGCGGGGCGCAGCUCAAUGUGCCGCCCGGCCGCUGGCUCACGGGCCCCUUCAACCUCACCAGCCACAUGACCCUGUUCCUCGCCGAGGGCGCCGAGAUCCUCGGCAUUACGGACGAGAGGGAUUGGCCGCUGAUGCCAGCACUGCCAUCUUACGGAUAUGGGAGGGAGCGCAAAGGACCUCGCUUCGGGAGUCUAAUUCAUGGACAGAAUUUGAAAGAUGUUGUCAUUACAGGACACAAUGGUAGCAUAAAUGGCCAGGGUGAAGUUUGGUGGUUGAAGCAUCGCAGAAGAAUGCUGAAGAACACGAGACCUCCACUUGUACAACUGAUGUGGUCCAAGGACAUUGUUAUUACAAAUAUAACGUUGCGGAAUUCACCUUUCUGGCACUUCCACCCAUAUGAUUGCACGAAUGUUACUGUUUCGGAUGUUACAAUCUUAGCUCCUAUUUCCGGUGCUCCGAACACAGAUGGCAUAGAUCCAGAUUCUUGUGAGGAUGUCCUAAUUGAGAAUUGCUACAUAUCUGUUGGUGAUGAUGCAAUUGCUAUAAAGAGCGGAUGGGAUCAAUAUGGGAUUGCAUAUGGGCGGCCGUCUUCUAACAUCUUAAUACGCAAUGUGACAGUCCGAUCUUUGGUUAGUGCUGGAAUUUCAAUUGGCAGUGAGAUGUCUGGUGGAGUUGCAAAUGUUAUGGUGGAGAAUGUACGCAUCUGGGAUUCAAGGCGAGGCAUGAGAAUAAAGACUGCCAUAGGAAGAGGAGGCUACAUCCGCAAUAUCUCCUACAGCAACAUAACCUUCGACAAUGUUCGUGCUGCAAUUGUGAUAAAGGUUGACUACAAUGAGCAUGCUGAUGAUGGGUAUGACAGAAAUGCCUUCCCAGAUAUCACAGGCAUAUCAUUCAAAAAAAUACACGGGUGGGGUGUUCGUGUGCCUGUCCGUGCUCAUGGCAGCAAUUACAUCCCCAUCAAGGAUAUCACCUUCCAGGACAUGUCAGUAGGCAUCAGCUACAAGAAGAAGCAUAUAUUCCAAUGCUCCUACAUCGAAGGCCGUGUUAUCGGGUCAGUAUUUCCAAAACCAUGUGAGAAUUUAGAUGUCUACGAUGAGCAAGGGCAGCUUCUCAAGAGUGGGGCAGUGCUGAACAGUACGGAAGUUGAUUAUGAUAUAUGAGACACACACUGUGUCACUGAUAGGUUUUCAAUAGUGUAAGUUAGGUACUAUCAUAUUUUUUUGGUUUUUUUAAUCUUUUAUAUUUUUGUCGUAGAACUGUAAAUACAGAGGAGAUUCUCCUCUUCAUAGGUUUGCUUACAUUGGCUCCUUUGUAUCUCACCAAUUAUUUGGCCACCAUUGACAUUCUGUUCUUGCGAAAGGUGGAAAAGAACCUUGUAAUCUUGCAAUGUUUUGGCCUUAA